AUGCAUUCUCAAUGGCGGUGCCAUUGGAGGGCAUUUAUAAUGGCCCUAAGACAUAUAAAAAUGCAUAAUGGCAUAACUGUCUGCCCGACUGCUUGCCUACAGCACCAUUCGACAUUUACAUUCAGAAUUAAUUAUGCAACAUUCAACAAUUCUUUCGUCCGCUCAAAUGAUUUCGAGAUUGGCACACCACAGGCCACGAACAAGUCGACAGACAGACAGACAGUAACUUUGCCGACAGCGCUGCAAUUAUCACAAGUUUUUUCACUUACAGGUCCGCUCAUAUACGCUUUACUUAUUACUUCUUUUAUUGUAUUUCUGGGGCCGUUUGGCAUUCGUGGGUGUUGCAGUAGCGUUCUAAUUCGACAUGCCGUUGCUACGAGCGCACUUACAUUGGUGAUUGAACUGACUUCCACUUGUCAAACGGAUUUGUGCGAGCACGCUUGGCUGUGGUCGACGGGUCUGUUAUAA